AUGGAGCAGCUUCAUCAAGACGAGGCUGGCAAUUUGGAGCUGUUGGGAGCAGCAUCAGAACGAUUGCCAUACGGGAAUGACGAUGGCAGCGAAGACGACGACGACGAAGAAGAAGACGAAGACGAAUCCGAGGAGGAGAUUGAAGAUGAUCCUGAUCCGCCAGAUCCAACAGAGGCCAAUCUGGCCACUGCGUUGGAGCGCAUUGGAAGGAUCCAAGAGUACCAGAAAGACCACAAGAUCCCCACUUCCUAUCAUGCAAUCUGCAAUUUGGUGGCCAGGACAUUCCAGGAUGUAGUUCCUGGUCAUUAUAUGUCCUUCAGCUACCAUCAGGCAGGAGGGUCGUAUGUGGUUGCCAUUGAUAUGAGAAAGUUUGGAAGGAAUGUCUUGCAAGAUAGAGAAAAAUUGACUUCAUGGGUUGGAACAGCUUGGAUGCUGUAUGUUGCCCAGCAGCCUGACUUUGAGGCAAUCAGAAAUGGUGUAACUUACUUGUUUGAAUGCUCAGACUAUGAUUGGAAGGACAAGGAUAUGUUCAACAUUAGCUGUACAAAAAUGAUUACAGAACUGGAAAGCAUUUAUCCCGUCCAUGUUCAGUCGAUGAGAUUCUACAAUGCUGGCAUGUUCCUCAACCUUUUGCUGUCAAUGUCCCGACGAAUGCUGCCACCUCAGAUAUCCCGCAAGUUUCAUGUGAAGGGCUAUGAUCCACAGCGUGGUUACCUUGACCAACUUUUUGUUGCGCCCAACCUGGAAUCCACCAAUCAAAGGAACUUGGCCCGGGUUAGAAAUGCCUUGCAAAUCCGAUUCGACAAUGAGGCAUCCUUUUCACUUGACUGA